UACAUAUAGGCCCUCACUUCAACUCACUGCUUUGACCUCUUGUCAAGAGAUCUUUUAUCCACGGGAGAAAAUCGAACAAUUUUGAAGUUUUCUACGGCAAUGGCGACGACUAUCAACCCAGCAGACCUGAUGACAUUAGGGUUGAAGGUGCUGCAACAAUGUGUCGAAAACCGCACAACAACAUCCGAACAAACCGCAAUUCGAGUCGCUGGUCCAGAUGAUGUAGACCACCUGCACUCUACGGCAAUCCCCGAUCGGGAGCCCGCGUCCAUCGAUAACGUCCUUGCGCGUGCUGCGAAGAUCUUUGCAUUUCGUGCUAGGAUGGACCAUCCCAAAUUCUUCGGAUUUAUUCCCUCGCCUUCCUCCGACUAUUCCUGGCUAGGAGACAUGCUUAAUGCAGCCUACAAUCCCCACGCAGGAAGUUGGUUUCAAAGCUCGGGGCCAUCCUCGAUUGAGAAGUCGCUCAUUCAUUGGAUGGCAAGGGAUCUGUUCAGCCUUCCGGAUACAGCUGGCGGCUGCUUUGUUUCCGGAGGCUCAAUGGCCAACUUGAUAGCAUUGAUGGUUGCAAGAGAUCAAAUGCUGUCCGACGACAGCAGAGGAAAAGCUUUAGUCUACGUGUCAGAACAGACACACUCCUCCAUCGGCAAAGCACUACGUAUUCUUGGAUUUCGCGGCAACCAGCUGCGAAAAAUAGAUUGCGACAACAAUUCAUGCAUAUCGAUUUCGAAUCUGGAGCGCCAGAUUAUCCAAGACCGGGGUGAAGGAGGAUAUCCGUUUCUCAUUGUCGGCAAUUGCGGUACGACAAACACCGGCAGUAUCGACGACUUUGUUUCGUUGGCCGCAAUCGCCAGCGCGCACCGACUCUGGCUUCAUGCGGACGGAGCUUAUGGAGCAUCAAUCGUCCUCUCUGCGAAGCACAAAAAUUUGCUGCGAGGAGUAGAUUUGUGCGACAGCAUGACUUGGGAUGCUCACAAGUGGCUCUUCCAGACCUAUGGGUGCGGCAUAAUUAUCGUGCGCAACCAAAACUUGCUGGUUGAGAGCUUCCAGACCGGCGCAGAGUAUACGAGAGAUGCCCCGGACGGGCCGGAAGAAUGUCCAAAUUUCUGGAAUUAUGGUCAAGAGUUGACACGACCGGCGCGGGCGAUGAAGCUCUGGUUUUCCUUACACAUGAUCGGACUGGGCGCUCUCGAGACAGCCAUAGAUCGAGGAUUCGAACUUGCCGAGGUAGCGCAGCAAGCUUUAAGCAAGCUCAAAUACUGGGACAUAGUGUCGUCCGCGAAGUUAGCCAUCGUCUGCUUCAGGUACGCUCCUCCUCAUAUUUCCGAAGCCAAACGCGAUCUUCUCAACGAGCAAAUUUCGAAAGCCGCCAUACGCGAAAGUAUCGGAGUCACGCUGACGACCAGACUUCACGGCAAGACUGUCCUCAGGAUUUGUAGUAUACACCCGGACUUGCAGAACGCAGACAUGGUGGCGAUCGUUGAAAAUUUGGACAGAAUAGCUAGAGGCUUGUCGAUCUAGUAGGAAAUUGGUGUCUUCACUUUCGUUCAAGAAUGCGCAGUUACUGCGUUCAAGUUUGGUCACUCGCAUACUUGUUGAUGUGCUUCACGGUGCAUUGUCACAAUGGAUGUCGCGCCGCACAAGUAUCCGGCUCUGGAU